AUGCAGGCGCUGGCCCUGGCCCUCUGUGCCCUGCAGCUGUGCCCAGCUGUGCUGGGCGGCCGGUGGGGGCAGCCCUUCCUGGUGGAGAGGCCUCAGUCCAGGCGGCUGAGCAAGGUUGGUGGCUUCUCGUGGCAGAACUGUGGCAAUGGGACCGAUCCCUUUGUGAUUAAGAGUCUGUCCGUAGCCCCGGACCCGAUCCACAUCCCCGGGAACCUGGAAGUCAGCGUGGCGGUUUCCAGUGAAGCUGACAUCGGCUCCCCUCUGAAGGCGGUGUUUACCGUGGAAAAGAAGAUAGUUGACAUAUGGAUAAAGAUCCCCUGUGUGGACCAGAUUGGGAGCUGCACGUAUGAUGGCCUUUGCGGAAUGCUGGACAACGUCAUCCCCCCCGGAUCACCAUGCCCUGAGCCUCUGCUCAGCUACGGCAUCCCCUGUCACUGCCCCUUCAAACAGGGCUCCUACUCCCUGCCAUCCAGUGAGUUCUACUUGCCCGUCAUACAGUUGCCCUCCUGGCUGACUAAUGGCGACUACCGCAUCCAGGUUGUCCUGAGCAACGAUGCCAAGCAGCUCGCCUGUGUCAAGGUGGCCUUGUCCCUCCACUCCGAGUGAGGCUGGCCAGCCCUGCCCGACCACAAGCCCACCCCCCGCUGCAGACUGCCGCGUUUCCUUUCUCUUCCC